ACGAAGGUCUCCAAACAUUGGCCGCGAGCGGGUUGCAUCAGAAAACGCAGCAGCUGCAGCAUCUGAACCACCGUCAAUGCGGAACGACGAGGACCAAUAAAACGUUCGCAGGGCUAGUUAUUCGUGUCCGUACACGUUUGGUCACAGGGAAAACGCGAAAUCCAGUGUGCUGUGUGCAUUGUUCUCUUCGUUCGAGAUUGGAGGAAGGUUUCUCCGUUCCUACCCGAAGGUUGCACGGCGCUUGGUGCUCCAUCUUGCUUCGUCUCGCAGCAGCGCGCCUCCCUGCUUUGUGCAACUGGCGCUGUCGGAAGUGACAAAACGCAAAACGCAAACCAGCUCUAGGGAAAAACAGAAGCAAGGACCAAUAGGAUAUAGCAUAGACGAAACACCUAAAACACAACAAGCAUGGACGUGUCGGAGCGUGAGCUGGUGAACGAGUGGCGCCAGUUGUGCAGCUUGCAGCGCCUUACUCCCACCGCCAUAAUCGAGUACUUGCGGCAGACAGCCCGAGUCCUAGCACAGCCCCAGGAACAGUAUGUCGCACCGACAGAGGAGGCAGUCUUCGCACAUGAACCGUAUUGGAUCGACGAACAGCUGUUCAAGAGCAAGGUGCAGCACGUUCUAGAAUCGUUCAUCUGCCCGGAUGAACCGGACAAGUACUUGGAGCAUCUAAAAUCGACAGACAACGUUUCUUCCGUGUGCGGUCGAGUCUUCAAGAUCGGCGAACCGACCUACAGCUGCCGCGAAUGCAGCAUGGAUGGUACGUGUGUAUUGUGCUCGUCGUGCUUCAAGAAAUCCUCUCAUCGGGAGCACAAAUACAAAAUGGCAACCUCGGGCGGUGGUGGUUGUUGCGAUUGCGGUGACCCUGAAGCCUGGAAGAAGGAUCCUGUGUGCGAUGAUCACAAUCAAUCCCGUGCGGAACAGGAUACGUCGAACCGUGAGGCAACACCACUACCCGAACCGAUCCAACAACGUUGCAAGCUCGUAUUUCGUGCCAUACUGGACUACUGCAUGCGCGUCCUGCAGAUGCACAGCGAUGGCAGCUUGAUCGGGCUGGACGAUGAGGAAAAUACCCACUGCACCAUACUCUACAACGAUGAAACGCACACAUUCGAGCAGGUUAUCCAGACCCUGACGUCGAUUGUGAAGUGCUCGCAGAAGGAUGCCGUCGCGUACGUGACGAGUAUCGAUCGCGAUGGCCGGGCUGUCGUCAAGUGUGCCCCAUUCGAUGUAUGCUGCAAGCUGAAGGAUGAUAUUGAAAACAAAGCUAUACGGUCGUCGAUGGGCACUAAGCCUUCGCCGCUCAAAGUGACGGUAUUGCACCGCGAUGAGGUAGCUUGUCAGCAUCUCGCCAUGCAAAUCCUGAACUGGAUGCAGGACUUCUUGACGAUUCACAGCACGUUUCGCGCCAUUCUUGCGGAAGAAUUCAAUUAUCCAUGUCAUGUCUUAUCUUAUCUACGUCUGAUAAUGAGCAACGACCAUAAGCUGUGGAAAUCGGCUCGCACCUGCUGGCACCGGCUGCUCAUCGCCGGUAUGCUGAUGGAGUACGAACACAAGAAGGAGCUCGCGAUCGUCUUCACGCGACUCUACACCUCGCUGAUGCAGGACUUCAUCCGCGACGAUCACUAUCACUCAUUCUCGAUUGUGUCACUGAGCGUGCAGCUGUUCACUGUACCCUCGAUUGCGCACUAUCUCAUCGCGCAGGAGUCAGCUUUCUUCAAGCUGAUGCACACGUUCAACACCGAGGCGAUCGAUCGGCAUGUCAAGCAGAAUAUGCUACAGUUCCCCAAAAACACGUCCUCGAUGAACGUGUUUAAGCGGGCCGCCUACAUCCUGGUCGAUCUGAAGUAUCUGCUCAAUUUCCCGCCGGAGGAGGGCAGCUGGACGCAGGAGCUGCGCGGUGGUUUCCUGCACGGUGUACAGAUUCUGAUUCGUCUGCUCAAGUGUAUGCAGGGUAUGGACUCGGCAACACGUCAGAUGGGGCAGCAUAUGGAGUACGAGCCGGAAUGGGAGACGGCCUUCACGCUACACCUGAAGUUGUCCCACAUGAUCACGCUCGUGCUCGAGUGGUGCGCCACCGACCGGAUCGUGCUGGUGAAAGUAUACCGGAUGCUGCUAACGGCGCUCACGGAGGCGAAGUUCAACGUGCAGUCGACUGGUGUCGUGAUGCGUGAGGUUGCCGAUCACAGCGUCGCCUGUUUUGCGUACGACGUUUCGCUUAUGCCGGUGUCGGUGCACCUACCACUCACGCGCCUCUUUGCUGGUCUUUAUCUGGAGAUGGAGCGCUACGGGCUGACAUACGAUACGAUUGCGCCGAACAUUCCCGAGCGUCCGGCGCCAGAGCAGAUCAUUGAGCCGGUGCUAUGUGCCCGCACCAUGAUGUCGCAGGUGUUCGCCAACAUGUGGCGCCGAAAUGGGUACGCGCUGCUGAACCAGCUGUACUUCUACCGCAGCGUCAAGUGUCGAUACGAGAUGCUCGAUCGGGAUAUCGUGAUCCUACAGAUCGGUGCCUCCCUGAUCGAAGCGAAUGAAUUUCUGAUCCACGUGCUGAACAAGUUCAAACUCCUGCACUGGUUGGCAAAUGAUCAGCCCGAGACACCGCGCCGGCUGUCCGAGUCCACGAUGGAGGAAGAUCACGUGCGCCAAACGAUGUUGAUGGCGGACGAGGUGCUCGAGCUGCUCAUCAUGAUUGUUAGCGAGCGGUACGUGCCUGGCGUCGGUGCGGUCACCGACAACGAUCGCAUCAAGAAGGAGGUCGUGCAACAGCUUUGUAUUAAUCCGUUAUCGCAUUCUGAGCUUACUCGGGCCGUUAGCGAAGAGAAGUACAGCGAGACGGCCAUCGAAGCGGUGUUCGAGGAGGUGGCCGUUUUCGAACGCCCGACGGCAGCGGACAAGAAGGGUGUUUAUCGCCUCAAGCCGGAAUACUAUAGCUGGUACAACCUCUUCUUUUACCACUACUCAAAGGAGGAGAAGUCCAAAUCGGAGGAGAUGCAGCGCAAUCGGCGCAAGGAGCAGAAUGAGCUGGUGUGCUGUCCUCCCCCGGUUCUGCCGAAACUAACCCAACCGUUCAGCAUCAUACCCAACCUGCUGCAGUGUGAUGUGAUGUUAGAAAUCAUAAAUGUGGUGCUUACGCGCGCCCAAGACUUGAAGUCCAUUACGUUCUCCGAGGGUCAUCUGCAACGGAUUCUGCACCUGAUAGGACACGCCAUUCAAGAGGAGGAGACCGGAUACUAUCCGUAUCUGAAGUUUGGUGAGCGUUGUCGCAAGAUCAACUUACUGGGCAAACUCGAAGAAUUAGUUCGAAGUCCGCGGGUCCAAUCGCAACGCGAUUUGCUGCAGUGGGUCAUCCAACGCUACAAACAACUGGACGGCAACCAGAACACGGAGGCAUCAAACACUACAGCCACUCAGGAGGAAGGCGAAGGUGCACCGUUUAUCAGCGCUGAGGAGAUCGAAAAGCAGCUGCGAGCGCAACUGGUGGCCGCACGGCGCGCCAAAGCGAUGAAGGAUAUGAUGAAGAUGCAGCAGAAGUUUUGGGACUCGCAAGCCGCCGAAUUUGAGCGCGAGUGUGCGCAGGCGACUGGAUCGGCCGACGAUGAGCAGCCGCCGCAACAAAAAAUGGAUUGGAUGCCAUCCACCUCAACCGCAACUUCAACCACAGCAACACAGCGAUCAAUCGGUGGCGACACAGACGCCCCAGUACAGAAUAUGGAAACGAAGCUGGUUUCCAGCACUCCCGUCUGUAUGGGCCCGAACCGGUGGACGGAGCGUGUGGACGAGGGAAAAGUUGACAUACGGCACACAUGCAUCCUCUGCUCGGAGGAUUCGACCCUGGAGGCGCGCUCGACCAACUGUCUGGUGUAUGCUGCAUUCGUGCAACCGUCGUCUGUUCUGUCGCGCUAUCAGCACGUCAACGAGGAGGGGAAGCUGGAGUACAUCGAAGCAGACAUUCAUCCGUCGCCGCACAUCACUACCUGCGGACACGUGAUGCACGCAAACUGCUUCGAGAAGUACUUCAGCAACGAGGUGAUGAAGGAGAACCGUCGCCCGUACCGCAAUCGUACUCCGGUCCUAUUCGAUGUGGAGAAACACGAGUUCCUGUGUCCGCUGUGUCGCUUUCUCAGCAACUGUUUGAUCCCGCUUAUCCCACCGCUUGACUCGGUUCGCUGCAUCCCGAACGGACUGAAGGAUCCGGCGUUGCACGAAGCCCAACGCCAGGUACCGGAGCUGUUCGACUUCCCGACGUGGUACGCCUUCAUGUCCGACUUUCUCGACCUGAUGGCGGAACAGCAACUCACGGAUGAACCAACCAAACCACCGGUGACGUCGACUCCGCCCCGGGAGCAGUGGCAGCGCGGGGUAGUGGAGCUCGUGCGCGAUGAUUUGACGACAUAUCCAGAUUUUUCCGACGAUGAUAUACUAAUGGAUGGUGAAGCUCAACCCACGGCCAGUGACGGCGACGGCGACGGCGACGUUGACAACGAGGCUGAACAGGUGGUUGAACCACCAACCGGUAUGUUUGCGGAUGACGUCGCGCCUGUCACAGGCAACAUCUUUGCCGAUUACGGGAUGGACGAACCGGAAGGGGGUAGGAAGCUGCCGGCCGACCACUACGAAAAAAUGAUCAAUGAUAUCCCGUGGUUCGAACUGGCGCGAGAACCACUCCGUACGGCCGUGCUGGCCAAACUGGAGGAGCGUCAUCCAACCAUCCAGCUUACGCCAGCGCACUGGACGAACGCGCUAGAGCUGCCCCGAGCGUGCAUCAGUACGCACGUUUAUGAGUAUCUGCGCAAGCUCAGCUGCACGGUCGGCGAGUUGAUAACGCUACCGCCGCUGACGAAACACUUCAAGGACGUGCUAGCCGUGUGGAUGUCGUGCUCAUACACGAUCAAAUCGCUCGAGAUGUUGCUGCGUGUGAUGGAGCGCCCGCUCGGGUCUGAGCUAUCGAUCCGCCAUUCGAGUUGUCUGCGCGGGCUCGUGCGGGUCUCGUGCGUGCUUAGCUCGCAGGUUAUGAGCAUCGGCUUCCAGCCCAGUCUGAUCACCUACAUGCUGGACAUUUAUGAGCGCUUGUUCGGUCGCAAACCGUCACCGUCUUUCUUCGACUGGGACCUGUUUGGUAUUCUUAACACCUGCCUGUUCAUGACCCAUCGCGUACUGUUCUACUCACUGCUGGACGGACAGGUGCCGCGCGGCAACAUUAUCGAUCAGUCUAUCGUUCAGGCGGUGUUCCUUGUCAACGUGCUACGCACUCUCGUCACCUCAACGUGCAGUUCGGAUGACUCGGAGCCAAUGUCGGAUCCGGCUGCGACAGACUCGACCAUAGAAGUCGAGGAAAGCGAAGAGGACCAACAGGCCAUACGGAAUCUAGCGGCCCUGUACCGCCAGUACAAUCUGUACUACGAUCCGACUGUAACCAGCAAUGGUGCCGCUGCCGCUGCAGGAGAAGAGAAGGAAAAGGAGAAGGAGAAGGCGGAGGAAGAAGGAGAGUGCGCGGCCUCGGAGCGUCGGUUGGCUGUGCGUCUGUUGCGCGACAUUCGCCUCCGCAGCCAGACACUGCUCCGCUGCUGCUGUCUGCUGUUCCACGGUAUCACAGAUAUCGAACUACCGAAGUGUAACGACGAGGUAGAUCACGAUUUCGCGCUCAUGGUCACGUACCUCGGCAUCGAGCCGAAUCCGUUGCGCUUCUUCGACUCGACGAGCCCCUCGUAUGCCUUUCUCCGCCAAGUGGCCGACUGCAACGUGGCCCAGAUUCAGCGCAUGCGGCAGGCACGCGAGAUGCAGCUGUUGACCGGCUCGUUGUUCCGUGCCGAACCCAUCGUGCGCCAACUGAUUGACCUGCCGGACGACUACAGUGAGCUGAUCAAUAGCAUCUCGAACUACACCUGCCCGAACAACAUUCGGGAUGAUUCGCGCAAUCCGACCAUGUGCCUGGUCUGCGGUGAGGUCCUGUGCUCUCAGGGCUUCUGCUGCCAGAAGGAGCUGGGCAAGAGCUCGGUCGGAUCGUGCACGUAUCACUCGCAUGUGUGCGGUGCCGGCAUCGGUAUAUUUCUGCGCGUGCGCGAGGCCGAAGUGCUCAUUCUCGGUAUCCACAAGGGCUGCCUGAUACCGGCCCCGUACCUGGAUGCGUACAGUGAGACGGACCAGGGUUUACGCCGCGGAAACCCGUUGCGGCUGUGCCAGGAGCACUAUCGGAAGCUGCAUCUUAUGUGGCUCAGCCAUGGUUUACACGAGGAAAUCACGCGGCGCAACGAGGCACAGCAAACCAUCUUUCCCACCCAGUGGCAGAACUUGUAAGACGCGGACGUGGAGCAGGUGGAGCAGAGUAUAUGUGCAUCACAGACAAAUACGAUUGACAGGUAACCCCAAUUUUCCACGACGAACUGCCCUAUUUCUACAGAGGAAACAUUAACAGACCCGAAUUUCCUGAAGGGCUUGCUCUGUGUCAAUAGGGUUUUGCAUAUAGCUAAAAAUGUGAUUGCAGAUGGAAAAGACUGGUUAAAGGCGAUGGUAGUGCGAAGGUCACAGGUCUCAUAACUGACCACAAGCAACAGUUGGACAGUAGCACGGUGAGAUACAGAAAGAGGGAAAGUUAGUGACACAAUGAAGCCGGCUUAGUUGCACUUACUCUGACGGGUGAGUUCCCGACCUGCUUCCUAGAGUGUGCCGCAAUCAAAGGUCCUCCUGAUCCGGGACAAUAGGAGUAACCUAAGAGAAUUUCAAAAGAGGAAUCCAAUCGCGACAGAGCUCGCACUUUCCUCCAUUAUAUCCAUUGCUCAACUUUACGUAAUGGAUAUUCCUUUUUCAAAUUUUCGUUCGUUCAUUAAUUCUCAUAUUUUACUCACCCAAAGCGACACUGAAAACAUUAAAAAGAGAGUGUGAAAAGAAAUUGGUGGCUACUGUCCCAAAACAGGCAAGAACCGUUCAGCCCAAAAGUGAGGGGUUUUGCUUUUGUAAGUGAUGCUGUAGUAAUUGUUCUGUUCUUUUGUUGCGUUUCCAUUUUUCCUUUAGCCUGCUUAUACUGGCUGGUUUUCAAAUAGCUCAGAAAAAAUGUACAGUUGAUCCUUGUUUUCUUUUCUUUAAGUUUUUUUGUUUUUGUUUGUAGUAUGUAAAUGAAAUACAUCUUCCUUGCUUAAAAUAAAGCGAUAGGACGGUAGCAGCGCAAGCAACCGAAUUAAAAAUGAAAACGUAAUGUAAACGGCAGUGAGGAAUGGUGAGAUGUAGAGAUAUGAAGCUGGAAAACAACAGGCACAACAAAAUAGGAGAUUACUGGGAGCUGCUGUAGUGCGGUAAGGAAUAGGCAGCUCUCAGGACGAGUCGAGCGCUCGACUCGGAAGAAGAAAACAGCUGGCGCGAAGGGGCGCAAAGUCGUGUCCUCGCGCCCGGCGUUCCCUUCCAGUUUAUUAUCUACUUCGAUAGUUUGUUGUUCGGAGUACACGCGGAUAGAAUUUUGUUAAGUGAAGUCAAGGCGUUAUAAACCUAUAUAUCUAGCCAAAGGAAGAACAGCGAAACACGUACAGAAACGCGUGCACCGCUCAAGUACGACGUAGAAAUGGUUGCAGUGGCGGCACACGGUAACGAUUUGGCAGCCAAAGGGAGGAAUGGCCGAUUAGAACUGAAAUUUAAUAAAAACAUUUGUUUAGCGGAUCAAUGGGACAAGGAGCUCUGGUGCGGCUAUUUGUCGCACGCGACAUUGAGGGCAGCUAUGGAAAACAACAGCCCCACUAAUCCCCCUCCCCCCUCCUCUCCCUCAUCAUCCAACAUCACAAUGGUAAAGCGUGGCCCAUCAACCCGUGCACAGAGACAGACCACCAUCACCCACUGACCCGAUUAUCGUUCCUUUAUUUUUUUUUUUUACUUAGUCCCUAGUAUUAAUCUCUUUUUUGUUGGUUUGAACUCAAUAAGGCGCAGAAGUUAUCCCGAAAUCGAAAUAACAAUGAUAUUUACAUGUGCGAUACAACAACAAAAAUAUACCAAUGCGAAGGCGCCCCUAAACUAACUACAAAUGUGAAUUUUCCUUAAAUAAAGCGCUAGAAGCUCGACCUAGA